UUCUGUAUUGAGUGGAAGAUGAAUUAAUUUGCUCCUGCUUCCCUCCUUCACCUGUUAACUUUUGCUUACCACCUUAUAAUGCCCCCUGCUUCUUACAGAAGGACCAGUUAAGAUCAUAAUAUAUCUUUACCUGGACCAAGUCACUAACCUGGAGAUCUUCACCUCUUUAGAACAACAUGAAACUUUUUCAAGUUUACUGGUAGACCUCUAACAAAAGGAGGACAAUAGUCCCUACUUCCUGAAGUUCGGCACCGUUCCAUUUGGCCAGGACCUGUGUCCUUAUCAUGGAAGUGGUGGGAGAGAAUGAAGCAUUGCAGCAAUUCUUUGAAGCACGUGAGACUAAUGAGACUCUGGGAAACCCAACGUUGGAUCCAAAUCUGCUGGAAGAGUUACUGGAAAGUGACUUUGUUUUGGGAGCCUUGCAGAACCAGUUACCUGACACUCCCCCCUACUCUGGAUCAGAUCCGAGCCCUCCUCCUCAGGUCAAAGGAGCUGGUGCUAGACCUCUUGCUAUGUUACAGCACUCCACACCUGGAAAGAUGCUUCCUAACCCGCCUGAGAAUAUAUAUGAAAUGAACACCAUUGGAUAUCCUUCAAGUGGGUUCCAUGACUGUUGUCUGAAGAUCAGUAAUGCUGAGGCUCCUUGGGACCAGCCUACAUCCUCCCACUUGGACUCAAAUUGUUCUUAUCCCCAACCAAGACUGCACCACAGCCCACGGGUCUUACCGCCACCAACCAAAAAGAGAAAGUAUUCUCAGGUGGUAGAAGAGAAGGAGGAGGAAGACUGUCUGCUGUGGGCUAGAGACUACAGAACAAUGGUGGGCAGGGAUUAUGGUGCAGAAGCUCAUGAAAAUUGUGGCGAUGGACAGAACACAGCCUCUUUGGAGAAGGGCUGCCCUUCCCUGAAAUGGAAGCCAUAUCAAGCUACCCCCUGGCACAGCUUACUGAACAGUCAUUAUGAAGAACUCCCCGAUGUAGGCUACAGUGUGGUCACAGACAAAGGAUUUAAUUUCUCUGUGGCAGAUGAGGCUUUUGUUUGUCAGAAGAAGAAUCAUUUCCAGAUCACCGUCCACAUCCAGGUUUGGGGCAAUCCACAGUUUGUCAAAACCCAAUUGGGGCUAAAGCCGAUAGAAAUGUUUUACUUGAAAGCUUUUGGAGUCAAGGUAGAGGCCACCAAUCAGAUAGUUGCUAUUGAACAAUCUCAAUCAGAUCGAAGCAAAAGGAUUUUCAAUCCCUACAAAAUUGAUCUACCAGGAGAUCAAGUAACCAAAGUAACUCUGGGAAGAUUACAUUUCAGUGAGACAACAGCCAAUAAUAUGAGAAAGAAGGGAAAGCCCAACCCUGACCAGAGGUAUUUUAUGCUGGUGAUUGGGCUCUAUGCUGCUAGUCAAGACCAGCUCUACUUACUGACUGCUCACAUCUCUGAGAGGAUAAUUGUCAGGGCAUCUAACCCCGGGCAAUUUGAGAAUGACAGUGACGUGUUAUGGCAGCGAGGACACAUUCCAGAAUCUGUUAUCUGUCACGGACGAGUAGGAAUUAACACAGACGCUCCUGAUGAAGCCCUGGUUGUCUGUGGCAAUAUGAAAGUGAUGGGAACAGUCAUGCAUCCGUCUGACAGCCGGGUAAAACAGAAUAUCCAAGAGGUUGAUACAAAUGAACAGCUCCGAAGAAUAAACAGAAUGAGAAUUGUUGAAUAUGACUACAAACCAGAAUUUGCAUCGGCAAUGGGAAUAAACAAUAUUCAUCAAGCAGGGAUGAUAGCCCAAGAGGUACAAGAGAUCUUACCCAGGGCAGUCAGAGAAGCUGAUGAUAUUACAUGUGAAAAUGGAGAGAAAUUAGAGGACUUCCUCAUGAUUGAUAAGGAUCAGAUCUUCAUGGAGAACAUAGGUGCAGUUAAGCAGCUCUGUAAACUAACAAAUAACCUCGAGGAAAGGAUUGAAGAGCUAGAAAUCUGGAGCAAAAAGCUGGCCAGGUUAAAGCGUCUUAGCAGCAUGAACUCCACAGCCAGUGGAGGGAGUUCGCUCAGCAAAUUUAGCCCAACUGUGGGUACUUCUGUGAGGAGAAGGGCUCCUACUAAAACCAACAAGGUAACUUUAUUUUUCAGGAAUAAACAGGCAUGUCCCAACUGGAUUUUCCAGAUCUUGGUUAUUACUCUGAUUGCUAUCAUGGUAUUCUGUGCCUUGACGAUAGUCUGUCUUUAUAUACUUAGUUUACGAGAUCGAGACCGGAACCAAAAUCUUAUUUCUGGCAAUGUAACGAGCUCUCUGCCGUCAGUCUUCCCUCCAUUUACCACGCCAGCAGCACCAAAUUCAUCUCUCACAACUCCCAAGCCCUUCUUCCUGGAUCUCGAAGUCACUUUCUGUGAGAUAUUGCCUUGUUGUAAUACUUAUUGUUGUCCUCUGAAUGAGGCCAAAAGAGCCCUAAGAAGUUCUAUGGGAAAGAAGAUUAAGAGGGAGAAGAAUAUAGACGUUGAUCAGUGGCAGUCUCCAGGAGACAGAAGCAAAGCAGUCUCAGGACGAAAUUCCCUAACUAACCUUGACUGGGGAAGUGACUGGAUUGAUACCACCAUCAGUUCCAUUCAGAUUAUGGAAAUUCAGCACAAAAUUGACCACCGUUAUUGCAGUAAAAGCCUCCCAUGUGGGUCUGGAAAUUACAACUACAAUAUUCCCAUUAACAAGCACACACCUACCAAUGUAAAGUUUUCAUUGGAAAUCAACACAACAGAGCCACUGAUUGUCUUCCAGUGCAAAGUCAGCCUUGGAAAUAUAUGUUUCUAUAGGAAAAGGGAUGCAAAUGGAAUCUAUAGGCAGCAGGAAGUUUUGCAGGAGACUACACAGGGAUGUCAGCACAUUUGGAGUCUCCCCGUAGCCCCAUUUUCUGACAGUGUGUAUCAUUUCCGAGUAGCUGCACCGGAUUUGGCAGAUUGCUCCACAGACCCUUACUUUGCUGGGAUAUUUUUCACAGAUUACCACUUUUAUUUUUAUCGACAUUGCAGCUAAGUUAUUGGAAUUUGGUUGGGCCCUUUAUCAAAAAAAAAAAAAACAGGAAGAAAUGCUGCUUCAGGGUCCUUUUCCCCUCCCUCUCCCCAUCCUUACAGCUGAAAGUUCCAUCCUUGUCUGGGCUUCAUUGAAUUGAGAAACAUUAAGGGGGAGAAUAAAGUGUUUGCUGGAACCUGGGGUUGUGUGAACUUCUAUGGAGUUCCAACUGGGAAAAAUGUUAUUUCUCUAAGUAUUCAGCAUUGUUGAGUCCGGGAAUCUUGCCUCUUCAUUUUUAAUGCUGGUAAUAUAUAAUAGAGAAGCUGUGCUUUGCUUUGUCUCGAGGUGCUUGAAAAUAUUUGGGGAAAAUGAGGAAUCCUAUUUUAGCUUACUUGGCACUCACUUGCUAAUAAAACAAAAGAUGUUCUUUGUAUGAGGGACAUGGUUUCAUUUCGCAAAAGAGGACCAAUGACUGAUAAUCAAUUCACAUUUAGGAAAAUGUUUUUUGGUGGGUGGUUCUUACUGUAUGUACUACAUACAGGUCUACACUAGAGUGCAGGAUUUAGCUUGUUAGUGAAACUCAUUUUGGAGAGUUAUGGGUCACCCUGUUUUGUAGUAUCUAUUGGUUGCUGAA